AUGGCAGACAAAGAAAUUAGUAGAUGUUUAGUAUGUGAUGAUGUUUCAAUGGGUAUUAAUUUUGGAGUACCAACAUGUAUGCCAUGUAAAGCAUUUUUUCGACGAAAUGCAGUUAAACUUGGUACUCAUGAAUUUAUAUGUCCAAAUGAUGGUGAUUGUAUGAUAACAUAUAAAUAUCGUCGUAUAUGUAAUUGUUGUCGUUUGGCAAAAUGUUUUCGUGUUGGAAUGAAAAAAUCAUUUAUACUUACUGAUGAACAACGUGAAGCUCGAAAUAAACUUAUAGCAAUGAAUCGUAUUAAACGUGGUCAAAUAGCUAAACCACAAUGUCUUGCAUGGAUGCAAUCGCCAUCCUUACUUCGUAUGCCGUCUCGUUCAAUCCAAUGUCUUUCUUCAUCUGAUCAAGUUCGUCUUGUUAAUAUUUUCAAUGCAUAUGAAAAAACUUGUACGGUUGCAAAAAACACUACUUUAAAAAAUUUACCUACUGUACAACACACAUCUAUACAUGAAUUUAUCAAUGAAAUGUCUUCCGAAUUCCUGAUCUCUAUCGAAUAUUUAAAACUUAUACCUGAAUUUAAAAAUCUCAUAAUGGAUGAUAAAGUAAGACUCAUAAAAAAUCACAUGGGUACAAUCGUUCAUAUAAAUGAACCUCUAAUGCUUCCGGUGCCGCCAAGUAAUCUCAUUGGAACAUGGAUCAAUAUUUUCAAUUUUGAUACAACCAAACUUCUUAUGAAACGUCAUCAAAUUAUUCAGCAGUAUAUCAUUGAUCCUAUUCUAUUAAAAAUUGUUCUCAUUAUUCUUGUUCUUUCAAGUAGCAAUUGUAGAAAUAUCAAUCAUAUUGAUAUGGAUCUAAUUUGUGAUGAUCCAUUAUCUAUCUUCCUAGCUCAAAAUAUUUAUGUAGAAUUAUUAUGGAAAUAUAUUUUAUCACAUUCAUUCAAUGAACAACAUGCAGUGAAAUAUCUUAAUCAAUUAAUGAUGUUUAUAUUAUUUGCACAAAAUCUUCAUAUGGAAAUAGAUGAUUACAUAAAUCACUUUAAACAUGAAAUAAAACAAAUGGAACCAAUGAUGCAAAGCUUGUGGCCAGGAACAGAUAAUGAGAAUGAUAUGAAUAUCGCUCAAGAUGUUAUUUCAUAG